AUGGGUGAAGUUCUGGACGUCAGGGAUUUCAAGAAGCUUCCUACUGCUCCUGCAUUAAAACCCUUUGAGCACUAUGACUUCUCCAGGGCAAAAAUCUGUUGCAAUCUCACAUGGCUGGUGUCCAAAGCCUAUGGCACAGGCCGGGCCCCCCCAGAGCUGCAGGAGCCGUUCUACACAGACCAGUACGAGCAGGAGCACCUGAAGCCUCCCGUGAGCAGCCUGCUCCUGUCGGCCGAGCUGUACUGUCGCGCCGGGAGCCUCCUCCUUCAGACCGAUGGAUCCAGACCUCUGCAGGGACACCAGGCUGUGAUCCAGGCCCUGGACCAGCGAGGACUAUGUGUCACGGACCAUGGAACAGUGGUCACGGAGAGGGACCUGACCAAGAGGCCUCUGCACCUGAGUGCACAUUUGGCCGUGAUUGACGCCCUGAUGAUGGCGUACACCGUGGACACCGUGAGUGUGGGAAAAGUCACGUCCUGCAUCCGACAGUUUUCCGCAUCUGAGUCUGAAGAGGAAACACCAUACGACACCGAGGACGCGGUCACAACGUGGAUCAACAAGGUAAACGAGUAUCUGAGAGACAUUUUGGUCCAGGAGCAGAAAAUGGUGGACACUGAAAACACAGAUCCAGCCGGAGCUAAUCGGUCUCCAACCAAGUGGUACAUGAAGCUUGUGCCUGCUCGCUACAGGAAAGAGCAAAGUCCCUCACAGCCGGUUCCAUGGAUCCCUCCGGUGGACAAUCUGCUCAAGGACAGCAGCGAUGGCUCCGCUCUGGCCGCUCUGCUGCACUUCUACUGCCCUCAGACGCUGCCCCUCGAUGACAUCUGUCUGAAGGAGAACAUGACACUGGCAGAUAAACUCUACAACCUGCAGCUCAUCCAAGACUUCUGCAAAACCAACUUAAGCAGCUGCUGCCAUUUCAGCCUCGAGGACAUGCUCUACGCCUCCUCCACUAUUAAGAACAACUACUUGGCGUUCAUGGCAGAGCUUUAUUGGUGGUUCGAAGUAGCGAAGCCGUCGUUUGUGCAGCCGAGGAGUUUGGAUUCUGACCGCACAGUAUCAUCCUCCUUGUUAAAAGAUGUACCAUCAGUCUCUAUGGCAACCAAGAGGAGCUUCAUGGAACAACCUCCAAGUCCUGAAAGACCCAGUUUACCACUCAGACCUCAACCAAAAAACUCAGGAGAUAUCAAGAGGUCAAGCUCAAUGUCUUUUGUUGAUGGGAAUCUUGGCACCUGGCCGAAAGAGAAAAGGUCAGGGCCUUAUGGGGUGUCUUUCGAUAUCCCGUUGGACAAAGACGACUCUGCUGCUGCUCAGAACCUUUCUACACGAGGCAUGGUGCGGUCUGUGAGCACCGAUGAUGGCGCUGGUUUCAAAGUCCACAGCCUUCCUCGGGGGAUGAAACGUAACCUGUCGUUCCAGCCGGUAAACGGGCAGAGAAUUGGGAUUGAAGAGGAGAGUUGUGCAGACAGUCUUUCCAGUCUGGAGCAGAGCAAACCAGCUUUUCCCAGUGCACAUGGCAAUACGGCGGCGACGGCUGCUUCAAUGGAGGACGCUCUGCAGUUAAUCCAAAGCCCGAGCAGACCACCAGUGGAAGGGACCAACAGUGGGUUCUUUUUGCACUGUCAGGAUCGUGGAACUGGGGUUGGGAGCUUGGAGACUGUUUCCGAGUCAGAUUCCAAAACAACUGACACUGCGGAGGUAGACACUGGCAUUCACAUCCACUCAGACGAUAUGCUGGAUGAGGAUUCCUCUUUGAAGGACUGCUCUAUGAAUAUAGAUCUGGACAUGGAUACGCCCAGCCCUAGUCCAUGCAAUCUAAGCAAAUCUCCCUCUGGCCUGAAGAUGACUAGUUUUGCAGAGCAGAAGAUGAAGAAGGUCACUCCGUCUGCACCGGAUUCGGGUCGGGGUAGUAGCAGCUCCAUGAAGACGCCUCCGGAAGGCUCAGAAUUGGGUUUGCCGUUAUCAGUCUCCUGGGCUCCAACUCCUGAGCACAGUCCGGUCCAUCAACCAACCACUCCCGCUCCCUUAAUUAAGCCAUCUCCAUCCCCGGUUCAGCUCCCAGCAAAUGACCCUGCUCAGGUAAUGGCCACAGAGAUGGUCCAGCUGAGGAUACGUCUGGAGGACAAACGCAAAGCCAUUGAAGCACAGAAGAAGAAAGUAGAGGCUGCUUUUACUAGACAUCGCCAAAAGAUGGGUCACUCUGCGUUUCUCAAUGCCAUGAAGAGGAAGGGAGACGGCGCUGCCAGCUCUGAAGAGGAAUCAGCGAAGACGGCAAGUCCUACCUUCAAAUUUGGUAGAAGUAAAACAGACACACCUGAUGGGGCUGAGCAAAGCACCACCAGCUCGUGUUGGACCAAGUCGCCCGGUGCCGGAGAGGAAGUAGUCCAGAGCCAUCCUCCGAUCACAGAAGUGGACUUUUCAGAAUACACUCGCUCUAUUGAAAAGCUCAACCAUUCUCUGGCUUUCCUUCAGUCUGAGAUGCAGCGACUGUCUCAACAGCAGGAAGUAAUUAUGGCCAUGAGGGGGCAGCAGCAGGCCUGGGUCAUACCACAGUCUCACACAAAUCCACAAAAAUACCAUCGCGGCGGAGCAGUCAGCCGAUCUUCAGGUCCGUCCUCGCCUGUAGAGUCCCCACGAUUCACUCACCGUUCCCCCACCAGCAUCAAACGCAAAUCCGCCUCUUUCCACUCCCGCAACACACGUACAGCUCGGCCCAAUGAACUCAAACUAGCCCCUUAUAACCGGGUCCUUAACGUCCCGCAGUCUGUAGACAGCAUCCCAAGACUACGCCGCUUUUCUCCCUGCCUGCCCUCAGCGAAUUCCUUUGUGUACAUGGGAGAGAAGCCAGCGUCUGCCAGCACAAAGAUGGCCGAAACAGCUAAGGAAAUGGAGUCUAUUUACACUCGAGAGAAACCGCAGAGUGGUAGAAGUGCAGCCAAGUCACUCCCAACGUCACCCAACAAAAUGAACCUUAGAGAGCUCGGUUUAAUUCACGAGGUUCUUAACCACACUUCAAGCUGCGAUGUGGAGAGUUCAAACCCGGAAGUUCUCUCGUAUCCAGUGGGAGACAGUUCCACAAUGUCACUAGACCUGGACGCCUCAGAACAAGCAAAGAGCAACCUUAUUGAGGUGCCACUGUCGGUUGUAAAAUCACUUGAGGAUCUUGCCCUGGAUGAUGCCUUGGAUGUAGAGCCUGCUGCUGGGGACGACCCGGACGAGGAUCCCAAGACAUGUCGGGGCUUUUUCUUCAAGGAGGACGGUAAACCUGAGGAGAACAUGGCCCAGAAGAGAGCGGUUUUACUGGAGAAAAGGAUGAGACGGGAAAAGGAAAGUCAACAAAGAAAGAUGCAACUGGAAGCUGAGCUGGAGCUGAAGAAGGAAGAAGCCCGCGUCAAAGCAGAAGAAGAGCGCAUCCGGAAGGAGGAGGACAAGGCGCGGAAGCAGUUUAUCAAACAGGAGUAUCUGAGGAGGAAGCAGCUGAAGCUCAUGGAGGACAUGGAGACCGUCAUCAAACCUCGGGUCCAGAGGCGAGCGAGGCCCAAGUCCGUCCAUCGGGACUCUCUGGACUCCCCCAAAACCCCCGUCAGGGCUGCCACAGUUUGCAGCUUGUCUUUGGCCUCGCUCAGUCAGGUGGAUAACGACAGUGAGAAUAGACUUUCAAGAAGUGCGAGUUUAGCCUCUGUCAGUCUCUUCUAUUUUCUACGUUCUCCUAAAAAGAGGCGAAGGCCUGAUUCCGCUGAUGGAUUCCUGUCUCCAAGUCGCUCCAGCAGCAGGAACGGAGAGAAGGACUGGGAAAACGCAUCCACAACCUCCUCUGUCACCUCCAACACAGAAUACACCGGUCCGAGGCUGUACAAAGAGCCCAGUGCCAAAUCUAAUAAACACAUCAUUCAAAAUGCCAUGGCCUACUGCUGCUUAGCGGGAAAAGUCAAUGAGCCCCAGAAGAACAAGAUCUUAGAGCAAAUGGAGAAAUCUGGAGCCAACAACUUCCUCGUUCUUUUCCGAGACGCCGGAUGCCAGUUCCGUUCUCUGUACAUCUACUGCCCUGAGACUGAGGAGACCCACAAACUGGCCGGAGUCGGACCCAAGAGCGUCACACGGAAGAUGAUCGACGGCCUUUACAAGUACAACUCCGACAAGAAGCAGUUCAGUCAGAUACCAGCCAAAACAAUGUCGGCCAGUGUGGACGCCGUGACCAUCCACGGUCACCUGUGGCAGACCAAGAAACCGGCCACGCCCAAGAAAGUUCUGCCACCACAGAGCUAA